AGAGGCCACUUUGCAGCCUUGUUUGCAUAAAGAGGAAGGAAUGGAUGCUACAUGUCAUCACAGAGUGUUGUGUUGUGUCUCUCAGCGUCUUCUGCUUCUUCUUCUUCUCCUUCCAGCUGCUCUCCUCAUCAUGCACGUCAAUGUGGUGGAGAACAUCUACCUGCUGGUUCUGGUCACCCUCAUCAGCGUGCUGCAGAACGGUGGAGAAGGAAUGCAAGAUUCACAACACGCACACCGCAGUCUUUGAGCGAGUGUCCUGUGCAAGCCGCAACUGCAUGGACGCCUACGCCACCUUCCUGGCAGUCAUGUGGUGUGCCGGCCUGUGUCUCAGUCAAGCUCCUGCUGCGUUUGCUGGCCUGGUCUACCUGGUGGUCCGCCACAAGUAUUUUGUGGGCUACAUGGGGCAAAGCUCGCAGAGCACUCCAGGCUACCUGUUUGGCAAACGCAUCCUGUGCUUCCUGGUGCUAAUGUGCGUGGUGGGGAUCUUCAACUACGUACUGGUGUGCUGCUGUGGCAGCAACUACAAGGACUACUUGGAGACCAUCACCAAGGCUGCUUCUGCUCUGCUGCUCAUCCCCUAAAAGAAGACCCACUCUUGUUCUUUCCUUUUAUUGCGGCUAUUACAACAAAUA